AUGGACAAGAACGAACGUAUCGUCAUUGUCGGGGCAGGUGCCUUUGGCCUCUCCACGGCACUGACGCUGGUGCAGCAAGGCUACAACUCCGUGACGGUGCUGGACCGAUCUAUGCCCCCUGUGCCCGACGGGUCGAGUGACCCCGUGUAUGCGCGCAUUGCCAAAGAGGCGUACGAUCUGUGGAAGACCCCUGAGUAUCAAGAUGCAUUCCAUUCCACUCCGUGUCAAUGGGUGUGCCAGGACAGCACUCCCGAACAGCCAGUACAACCACGGGCCGUCGAGUACAUUGCCAAAACCAAGCGCAUUUUGACCGAUAUGGGCCAAGACAUGGUUGCAGUCCGAAGCACCAGAGAAGCUAAGCAGCACUUCCCCAGGCUGAUGGGAAAGAUGGCCGAUCGUGGUUUUGGGGGCUUCUACAACACUCAGCUCAUGUCACGAUGUGCCUCAGUGGGGUUGUCCCUUGUUACAGGACCAAGCGGCCAGGUCGAGGAAUUCGAAAAGGCGAUCGAUGGGACUAUCACAGCUGUCUGUACCAAGAGCGGCAACAAGAUCCAGGGCGACCGGUUCAUCGUUGCGACGGGUGCUUGGACUGCGAGUCUUGUCCCAGCGAGGAACUCGAUGCUCGCAGCGGCACAGGUUGUGGGAUAUCUACAACUCACGCCCGAGGAGGUAGCCCAGCUCAAAGACCUCCCCAUUUACUUCAACUUCUCGACGGGCUUCUUUUGCUUCCCGGCACAUGAAAGCACCGGCUAUUUGAAGGUGGCCAUUCAUGGAUUCGGCUACACAUCUACCUCGCCGUCGUCUGUGUUUGCCCCUCCCAGUUCGGCCGUAGCCACUCGCGCCAACUUUGUCCCGGCGGAUGGAGUGCAGAGACUUGUGGCAGGGCUGAAGGACUUUCUGCCACACUUUGCACCAAGGGGCUUUGAGCGCGUUGGAUUGUGCUGGUACAACGACACGCCGACCGGCGACUUCAUAAUGGACUAUCAACCCGAGCCUAAGAACCUGUUCAUCGCGACCGGCGGCAGUGGACAUGGAUUCAAAUUCUUGCCCGUCAUUGGCAACUAUAUUGUUGGAAGUCGCCAACGCAGUCUCCCCCAGGAUCUUCUGGACAAGUGGACGUUCCCCGUCCAGUUCCGCGAGCGCUUCCAGGGCGACGCUUUCAUGGGAGACGGGAGCCGUGGAGGACCAGAGCGAAGAGAGUUGAGAACCUCGGAGCGAGACGCAUUCAACGCUGCUCUGACUGCCUCGUCUUGGCAACCGAGUAAGAUAUAA